UUGACUGCCCAACAGACGAAAGUGAUUACGGUACACGAAGCAUUGUGCUAUAGAAUUUUACGAAAACGGGGUGUUUAAAUUUUAACACGUCCAGAAUAUUUAUUAAAUUUAAAUGAUUCUUGCAAAGCAUUGCUAGCGUUGACUGGGUCAUAUUACGACUUUUUCGUAGUAAGGUGAAAAUUAGUCAUUGAACGAACGCACAAGAAUGAGAUCUUUCGCAUUGUGGGGCUCCGUUCUGCUCCAGGCAGCAUUGUUUCUCUUAAUACAGGAAGUUUCAGCUGGUAGAGAUUUCUAUAAAAUACUAGGCUUACGGAAGUCCGCGAACAAGAACGAAAUUAAGAAGGCAUAUAGGAAACUUGCCAAAGAACUGCAUCCCGAUAAGAACCAAGAUGAUCCGGAUGCAUCGCAAAAAUUUCAAGAUUUAGGUGCGGCUUAUGAGGUACUGUCAGAUGAAGAAAAACGGAAGUUGUACGAUCGGUGUGGCGAAGAGUGUGUCAAAAAAGAAGGUAUGAUGGAUAAUAGCGAUCCGUUUGCGCACUUUUUCGGUGAUUUUGGUUUUGGAUUCGGUGGUCAGGAACAGAGAGAAACACCCCGAGGGGCUAACAUUGUUAUGGAUUUGUUUGUAACACUAGAAGAAUUGUACAAUGGGAACUUUGUUGAAAUAACACGAAAUAAGCCUGUGAUGAAACCGGCGCAAGGAACGCGAAAAUGUAACUGCCGACAGGAGAUGGUAACGCGUAAUCUUGGUCCCGGACGCUUCCAGAUGAUGCAGCAAACCGUUUGCGAUGAGUGUCCAAACGUAAAACUGGUGAACGAGGAGCGCACUAUUGAAAUUGAAAUUGAAGAAGGAAUGGAGGAUGGCCAGGAGACAAAAUUCUCUGGCGAGGGAGAACCGCACAUUGAUGGCGAACCGGGCGAUUUAAUUUUGAAAAUACGAACGGUCCCACAUCAAAGGUUCGAACGACGAGGAGAUGAUCUGUACACUAAUGUGACAAUCAGUUUACAGGAUGCUCUGGUAGGUUUUACUGUGGAUAUUGAUCACUUGGAUGGUCACAAAGUUACUAUUACUCGUGAAAAAAUUACUUGGCCUGGUGCCAGAAUUCGUAAAAAUGGCGAAGGCAUGCCAAACUACGAAAAUAAUAAUUUACGAGGAACUCUUUACAUAACAUUUGAUGUGGAAUUCCCUAAAACUCAACUAGGCGAUGCAGAGAAAGAAGAUAUCAAAAAGCUCCUAAAUCAAGCUUCGGUCAAUCGUGUGUACAACGGACUUCGAUUCUCGUAAAUGUGUGAUUUGGACCGUCGGUAAUUCAUAAGACUAAGAACACCGUUUAGUACUCUAGAAUAAUUCGAAUUAUGAUCUUUGGCAAAAAUUGCUCCCUACUAUAGCCUAAUGCUUACGGGAACGUAAGCAGCAAUUCCUGAUUGAGGCUUCUGCCACAAAUAAUAACUUAGCUAAGAAAUAGUAAUUUCCAACAUAACUUAUUCAAGAAAGCAUUUGGGUUUCGAAUUACUUCUUAUAGUAAACGUGUAUUUGUGAUGCAUGAGUUUAUUGUAAAUACGUGAUUGUAGACUAAACCAAUUGGGUUGAAAAUACAUGAAUAUGAAAAACGGCA